AUGUCUUCGCUUGAGAAAAGCCCAGAGCGCCCUGACGCUAAUGGAUCAGGUCAUGUCAUCUUUGAGACGCAUCGAGGCAGCUUUGACCGCUUGGGAGAUGAUUUCCCCCAAAAUCACGGAUCAUUCACGGAAGAGUUGGAUGCCAUCGAUGAAUUCCAGGUCCCAUCUCCAUCGUCUUUCUUCCAAGACAAGCAUGAUGGUUCCGAGGGUGUGAGUGCCAAUUCUCGAGCCAGAGAAGCUAUAUGGUACGAGCAGGUUGCUGACACGCCAUCAGAAUGCCAAGACGACCUUGUGCAUGAGCCUACACCUAAAGCCCGCAAGACUAUGGCUACGCAGAGCAAGGAAUCCAGCCAGUUGCCUCUGCCUGUUUCGCAAGCAUUGUACGAGGAGAAGCGCAAGCCUAUCAUGAAGUUUCCUUGGGAACAAGGAUUUGGAGCCGCAGUGUUUCAAGGUCCUCGCCACAAUCUCCAGUAUCCAUUCGCAUUGUCUUUUCUUGGACGCGCAGAGUCGACUGCAGAUCUUGUUGCUCACCGCGAUGGUUCAGCUGGGGCUUUUGAAUGGGUUGUGCAAAAUCAGCAGAGAGCCAAGCGCCUUUAUGCCACCAGGAUGGCCAAGUCCGACGAUCAGCUGCGUCUCGCUGCCUUGACUAGAUUGCGCAACAUUAUCCUCUUCGAACCCAGCGACUCCAAGCUAGGUCGUUCCUUACUGGAGGCUAGUGGGUGCAUCAUCCCGGCACCGAAGCUUGCAUCUAUCUUGUCUGACGUAUAUGCAAGCAAAGCAACGGCUACCUUGUGCAAGCGCUCGUGUGACUUCAUGCGCUUCUCUGUUUGGCAGGUGCAAUCCAACGGAGGUCGCCCGUUAGCCCCCACCGAGCAGCAUAUGUAUGACUAUAUCUGUCAUCUUCGUGAUCAAAAGGCCGCGCCUACUGCUGCAGGGGCCUUUGUGUCGUCUUGGAGGUUUAUGCACUUCACCGCUGUGACCAACAGCACUGAUUGCAUUUCUCCUCGUGUCGAAGGAGGCGCCCACAACUGCUACAUGGAGAAACGGCCCUUGCAGCAGGCCCCAGCACUGAAAGUUUGGCUAGUAAAAUCCCUCGAGAAGGCAGUCUUCGAUGGAUCGGUGAUCCACUCCAUCAUCGCUGGGUUCUGCCUUUUUUGCCUCUUUUCUUGCGCUCGAUGGAGCGACGCCGCCAAGGCUCGAAGCUUGUCUAUUGAUGUUUCGGGAUCUGUGUUCUUGAUCGAGGCUCUGAUGCUCGGGCACAAAACCGCGAAGAAACAGGCUGAUCGGCGCACAUUGAUGCCCCUGAUUGCUCUAGGGCAUACCUUCAGCAGUCAGCCAUGGGCCGAAGCGUGGCUGAAGUCACGUCGGAUCGCUGGCCUCGAAGACGAGCACUUGUUGAUGCCAGCCUGUGAUGAGAUGGCUGAAUGCUUUCUUGAGAGGCAUAUGACGGCUGCUGAAGGUGGUGCCUGGUUGCAGGAAAUCUUAUCCUCCAGACAUCCUGACUUCCAAGACAUCAAACUUUACACGACGCAUAGCCUCAAGGCCACGCCCUUGUCAUGGGCUACCAAAUCGAAUCACUUCACCGAUGAAGCAAUGCCAGUCACCUAUGGCCGCGAUGUGAUGGCCCCAGUACUCGGCAAGUUGCAACACCUCGUCCACCAAAUCCGCCAGGGCGACUUCGACCCUGAUGCCAGUCGUGCCAGCCGUGUGGCGCAAAUUGCCGCGGACUUGACGCGCGAGGAUGCAGCCAAAGCACUUCAACGCUUUGACGAGUCCGAGGUUUCUGACGUUGACCUCGAGGACCAUGAUGAUCUCCAACACCAAUCCUGCCUGGUGCCAGCUUCUACUGAAGGGCUGAAAGAACCAGAGAUCGGGAAAUAUGUCCAGCAUUGCAUUUCAUCCAUUGUACAUGCUGUUUCUGCGAGCCCCGCUACUCUCAAGUGCGGGAGGCCUCUCAGUCACAACUACUAUGCCAUUUCUUAUGACCCCCAUGAGCCGCGUGACUUCAUCCUGUGCGAACAGUGCCGGGGCACGCGAAGCCUGGGAGAGUCAGUAUGUCUGCCUCAUCUUCAGCCCGCCGAAGCUGCGCGUGUGGAAGCAGCCAAUGCUGUUUACCGGACUUGUGUUUCCUGCCUCCAUCAAGCUUGGCUCCUGGGCGCCACUGUUUCAAUCGAGAACCCCGACACAGCCUGGACCUGGGCUGCUCUUGCCCUUUUGGUCAAGCAGUUCGCCGCUGAGCAUUCCUGCCCUGGGUUUGCUGAUUGGUACUUUGGCCUUGAAGACAUUCGUUUUGACAUGUGCAUGCAUGGCGGCGACCGCCCUAAGGCGACUCGUUUCCGUGCCACCCCAUCCAUUUUCAGCUCUCUUGCAAUCAGAUGCGACCAGUCCCAUGCCCAUCGCCCUUGGUCCGUCCAGAAAGAGGGUCACCGUUGGCUGUUCGACACUGCUGCCGCUGCCCAGUACCCUUCUCUCUUGUGUCAGCGCACCGUUGAUGCCAUCUCCGCGGGUCUCGCCCCCCAGUUCCUGCAGGAGACCACGCAGGCUUUUCGUCUCUCCUCCUUGGCUUCCAUUGGUGUCCAAAAGCCCAGGCAUGUGGCCCUCAUUCCCGAGUUCAAGGCCAAGGUAUGGGCAUCCGAGCCGCCUGACCCUGAUGCCAAGCCCCUCCCACAUGUCACAUGCAGUCAGUGCAGUCAGUCUCAAGCCCAGGACCUUGGCGCUCCGUGCUGGCCUGUGCCUUUGAUGUCCCCUGAGGGCCUCCCGUGCCCUUGCUUGCUGUCCUCGCCCCCCCACGAGCGCUUGGCAUGGUCGCUCGUGCAAUCGGGUGAGGCUUCGCGUGACGACUUGACUACGCUUUGUCAUUUACUCCCGUCCGAUCCCGCUUCCCGCCGCAACCGCCAAGCCGAAGGCGUUGCUUGGACAUGCGGUGCCUACACUUUCUCUGGUGACGUCGGUCUGCAUCGUUCCGUGCGUACCAGCCCUUGGACGUGUCUUGUCUUGGCCGCUGUGGUCUCUCACUUUGCUCCAGGAGCCAUGUGCACGUCCAUUGCUGUCUUUUGCGACAUGGCCAGCCCCGUACAUUGUGAUCGACUUAACGACCACAGAUUCUUUAACGUCUUGGUCCCUCUCAGCGAUUUCCAAGACGGCGAUGUCUGGGUCAGCUCUUCUUCCGGUGUGCACCCGGCCCCAGACGGGUCGGGGGUCAUGGGUGAACUCAUCCCUGUUUCCGCAGGACCUUGUUUGCUCCGCACCUCUGUGCCCCAUGCUGUCAUGCCAUGGCGCGGUAGUCGCAUCGUCUUGGCAGCUUUUGUGGUGUCCUCAUGGCCCCGGUUGCCCCCGAAAGACCUUGCUUCUUUGCAACAGCUUCACUUCCCGUGGCCCAGUUUGCACUGCUCUGCCUCCAAUGCCGCGUGGGAAGAAGGAGUUGGAGGCCUCAUCUACAAGGCAGCAAACAGUGUCAAGCCGCAAGCGUGGGGCGUGUACUAUACGCCAGAAGAGCACCUAGGAUGCGCCAUCAACUUGCCACACCCCAUCGAUAAGGCGUGCUCUGUUCCAGACAUACUCAGAAGGGCAGUGUUCGAUCUCGCAACUGUUGGCUGCAAAGAAAUGCACAAAAGGCGUCUUGCCAAACUCGAGGAAAUCAAGGACAGAGCAUCCUAUCGUCAGAUGCAGGAAGGGCACCCCAUCACCAAGGGAAAGAGGUUAGCUUUGUUCAGGGAGCUUUUGGUUGAGUCAGGUUUCCCCGACUUGAGUGUGUGUGACUUCAUGGAAGAGGGUGUCAGCUUGGUGGGCGCAGAGCCCGAUUCCCCUCUCUUCAGCAUAAGGCCUAAACCAAUGACCAUGACCCCUGAGCAGCUUGAUUCGCAGUCCGUAUGGCGCAGAAGGGCGCUUUUAUCGUCCCCGCCUCAGCAAUUGGAGCCUGAAGAGCUCAUGAUGCUCAAUGAUGAGACAGAAGCUGAGUGCAAGGCUGGCUUCCUCGAGGGCCCCUUUGGCUCCGAAGCAGAAGUGUCAUCUCGCCUCGGCACAGAUCAGUGGUCUCCUAGUCAAAGGUUUUUGCUCCUUCAGGGAGAAGACCAGAAGCCAAGGGUCAUCGACAACUUGCGUGAUUCGGGCGUGAACGCUGCGUUCGGUUCCAGCUCAUACCUGUCAAUGCACGACUGCGACUUUGUGACGAGCUUGUGCCUUUUCGUCUCCAAGGUUUGGGCCAACAGGUCUGAAGUAUCGGUCACUCUUGAGACGGGCGAAGUCUUAAGGGGGCCGUGGCACAGUGACUUUGCUGACUCCAAGUGCGAAUGGGUCGGGCGAUGUUUCGACUUGUCAAAGGCCUACAAGCAGGUACCCAUCAAGGACGCAAUGCCUUCCAGAACAGGUUCUUGGGCCUUUUAUCUUGCAAGGGGUUUGCCUUUCGGAGGUUCUGGAUCUGUGUUUUCUUUUUGCAAGGUAUCCAAGGCUAUAUGGCACCUGGCCGUGACGCAGCUUUCCAUCAUCACCAGUGUAUACGUUGAUGACUUUCCAACUCUUGAAGUCGGCCCUCUCGCCUCAAGCACGACCCAUGUGUUCUCAGAUCUCUUGGAUAUCUUGGGGUGGGCUCAUGCCACCUCUGGAAAGAAAGCUGUUGACUUCCAACAGAAGUGGUGCGCCUUGGGAGCACAGUUCGAUGUAUCACGUUUGCAUGAGGGGUCCGUGCAGGUGUCCAACAAGCCCGGCAGGCUUGAGCGCAUUCUUUCCAUGGCUGAGACUAUGGAGGCCCCUGAAGCAAAUGUCAAGCAGACUGCAGAGUCACUCCAUGGCCUACUCAACUUCGCAGGGGGGUUUGUUCUAGGACACGCCUUCAAGCCGGUGGCCAAACUGUACUCUGCAUUGGCCGUGUCCCCAUCGUCAGCAGAGCCUGAGAGUUUACGCGAAAGUCGCAUGCUGCUCCAGUCCGUGGUGCAAACUUGCAAGCCAAGGGUUUUCAGCAUCCACUCCCCUGGCGCCCCCCUUGUUCUCUACACCGAUGGUUCUUUCGAAAAGGGUAAGGGCUCCUGGGGUUGCUUACUGGUUGACCCCGCGUCAGGGCGCAAAGCUGUUCUCCAUGGCCAUGUUCCCAAUCGCAUCAUUUCAUACUGGGCCCGAGUUGCUGGCCAGCAGGUGAUCUGUGAGAUCGAGCUGCUGGCCGUCGUAUGUGCCAGGUGGGCAUUCGGGGGCGCUUUCAAGUCCAGGCUGGGCUUUGUGUUCGUUGACAACGAAUCUGCACGCAUGACACUCAUCAAGCGAUGCAGCCCAGCCUUAGCGAUGUUCCGGUUGAUUGCGGCGAUGAGCGCCAUUGAUGCCGUCCAUUCGUUCGGCGCAUGGUACGAAAGGGUCCCGUCAAAGAGCAACCCUGCAGACCCCCCGUCAAGGGGACUGAUCAGCGCGAUCUGUGAGAAGCUCUCAGCUUGUGACGAGGGAUGCUUCGAGAUCCCUCCUGAACUUGAGAAGUUCAUCCUCAGCGACACCUUCGAAAAGAGUUUGCUCGACGAUCUUGUCUCUGCGUACCAACGGAGGGCGCAGCAGCAUGACAUGAAGGGGGGAAACGAGAUGCUGCUGAGCAACAGCGGACAGGUGAGAGGAUGA